UUAAAGAUGGCGCCCUCUCAUGCGCUGAGGUGCUGCAAACGGGCUCUGAAUUGGGUACCUGUCCUGUUUAUUAACCUGGUUGUCGGUUGGUCUUAUUACGCUUAUGUCGUGGAGCUCUGUGUGUAUACAAUCCCAAAUAAUGCAGAACGAAUCAGCUACUUGGUCAUCUUUCACAUUUUCCUCACCAUGUUUAUAUGGUCCUACUGGAAGACUAUCUGGUCCAAACCAGCGGGCCCCUCAAAAGUGUUCUGUCUGCCCAGAGCAGAGAAGGAAUUGUAUGAGAGAGAGGAGCGAGCUGAUACGCAACAAGAGAUUCUGAAGAAAGUGGCAAAGAAUUUACCCGUGUACACACGCACGGCGGGGGGAGCCAUCCGAUACUGUCACAGCUGCCAGGUAAUCAAACCUGACCGCUGCCAUCACUGCUCAACCUGUGAAAUGUGUGUGCUAAAAAUGGACCAUCACUGCCCCUGGGUGAAUAACUGUGUUGGAUUCUCAAAUUACAAGUACUUUGUCUUGUUCUUGGCCUACGCUUCACUCUACUGUGUAGUAAUUUGUGCUACAGUGGUCCAGUAUUUCAUCAAAUUCUGGACUAAACAGCUGCCUGAAACGCACGCCAAAUUCCACAUCUUGUUUCUGUUUUUCGUGGCGGCCCUGUUUUUUAUCAGCAUCCUGUCACUUCUCAGCUACCAUCUAUGGCUGGUUGGAAAGAACAGGACCACUAUAGAGGCUUUUAGAGCUCCUGUCUUUGCAAAUGGUCCAGACAAAAAUGGGUUCUCACUCGGCUGUAGCAGAAACGUAGCUGAGGUGUUUGGAGAACAAGCAAAGUACUGGAUGUUUCCUGUUUUCUCAAGUCUGGGGGAUGGACAUUCCUUUGUUACCAGAUUGGUACACAUAGACCCUGAACAAGCAAACAGCAUCCUCCAGCAAAAUGGAAAAAGCCCUGCUGAUGGAGAGACCAACCCUUGUGUGCCUGGUAACAACAUACAACACACAGUGGAUGAGAGCAAAGAGAAAGUUGACGGAGGUCAGAUAGUCUCUGUGACAAUGGAGAGUGAGCCAUAGCAGGUCGCAGGCACAUCAGUAAAAGAGUUCAUCAACUUCGAUGCCUUAAAUCAGGAGCAUCAGCACCUCCGCAGGAGCCGUCCUCCAAACCUCAUUUUGAGUUUGACAGUGCAGCCUCAAGCCACAUGUUUUUGUAUGUACAUCAAGCGGAUCAUCCUUCAUCUACUGUGCUUUAAACAAUAAUGUUAUCAUAUCAACUGAGAUUGUGCAGGGACCUCAUACACCCCACCAGGUCCUUCAGGGGUGAUUCAGAAGUUUUGUCUUUGUUUUGAGCCAAAGACAUUCAAAUAAUGUUUUGUUGCUUUUUUUCCCCCCUUGAGCCAAUAUGUCUACAUUUAUCUACGUGGAUUAAUCACAUUAUACAUUUCAACAAGAGAAUCAUCUUUGUCAGUAUUAAUCCAGCAUUAUAACUAAACCUCAAAUGUUUGAUGUAGAGCAGUGGGAACCACUAAAGCGAGAUUUGUAUCACUCAACAUAAAAGACGGUGACACAUUUCAGUUCUGUCAAUAGUUUGUGCAAUAUGUUUUAUCAGUUUUUCACUCCAAGCACAGUGCAAUUAUUAAGACCGCUAGUCAAUUAUCAAAGGGUCUAAUUUAGUUGACAGUUUACAUGAUUAAAAAGAUUUAAAGGUCUUUUUGUUUACACUUUUAAGAUAUUAUUUUUGCAUUUCAAAUUUUAUACGAUGGGUAAAUACGCAAGUGAUAUAUAAGCUUGAUAUGUGAGGACCAAAUCUAGUUUAACUGCAGUUAAAACUGUUUCUAAUUCCAAAUAAUCAAGACACAUAACCAGAUCAUUGUCAAUGACAUUGCCAUUUUUCAUUGCACUAUAAAUAUUUGUAAUUUCUUUGUCAUUAAGCUUUUGUAAAUUAAUUUCAUUGUCUUUCCUUGUAUAUUGAUUUUAUUUAUUUAUAUUUAUUUUCUUUUAAAAAAGAUACUAGAUCACAGACGCUCAUGUUUGUCCUCUUACUUCCGUUGAACAUUUUCACGCUCAUGAUCAAUCCUUUACUGUUGUAUAAAAUGAAUCAAUCUUGUGUGUUACUGCCAACGGUCAAGGCUUAAAUCUGUGUUCCUUCCAUUUGUUUUUCCAGGAUGAUGAUAAGAUUUAUUUGAAAGUUUGGAAAGCAAAGAGUACAAAAUGAAACCACAAUGAAAAAAAUGUUUAUACAGGGGAAUCUGUUCAACUGCGUCCAUGAGCCUAAACCAGGAUAGAUGAGGUGAACUUUAUUUACCAAUGUCGUCAUAAAUGCUCCUCUCUGUGCUCCUGGCAGCUGUUUCAUUAUAUUACAUUGGAUUUAGUGGAAAUGAUGCACAGUGUGGAGUUUGCCUGAGUGAUCAGUACAUAAUAAUAACGUGUAGAUAUUAUUGACUGAGUGGUAGCCCAUGUGAAUGUACUCAUAGUAGUUUAAUAACUAAUUUCACUGACUGAACUUGGCUUAAUACACCUCCAGGCAGCUAGAGCUGCAAAUGUAGUAAGGCCUGUAAAGAAUUGCUUUUUUAUUGAGAGAAAUAUUUAAGCAGGGUGAUCUUCAUUGUUCUGUAACAAUAAAUGUAAUAUAAGAAACUAUAAAGUGUGGUUCUUCAUCUUGAA